AUGAUAAAGUGUAUAUGUUCUGGGGAGCAGUUAAAGGCAGAUGAAUUAGGUUACUCAUCAGAGUCCCUAGCAACCAGAGACUAUUCAGCAAGUGGUGGCUAUUCAUCUCGACCUGGUGAAAACGACACGAAGCUUGACAAUACCAACAUUGAAGAAGCAGAGUCUUCUCUCCGUGAAAGUGGUUAUUUAAACUAUGAGGAAGCUAGAGCCUUGCUAGGAAGACUUGAGUAUCAAAAAGGCAAUGUCGAAGCUGCACUUCAUGUGUUUGAAGGAAUAGAUAUUACUACUGUCGUUCCCAAGGUGAAAGUUUCUAUAUCUAGAAGAUGUGAACCUAAUAGACGCCGUUCGGAAAGUGAUGUUCAGCCUCCUAUGUCAAUGCAUGCUGUUAGUUUACUUCUUGAAGCUUUCUUUCUCAAGGCUAAAUCGUUGCAGGCUCUUGGAAGAUUUCAAGAUGCUGCUCACUCAUGCAAAACUAUUUUAGACACUGUUGAAUCAGCUUUACCGGAGGGCUGGCCUGAAAACUUUGUCUCAGACUGUAAACUGCAAGAAACAGUGGCAAAUGCUGUAGAACUGCUUCCAGAAUUGUGGAAGCUUGCGGGCUCUCCUCAAGAUGUAAUCUCAUCGUUUAGGAGGGCCAUGCUUUAUCAUUGGAAUCUUGAAAUUGAAGCUACUGCAAGAAUACAAAAGGAAUUUGCUUUUUUUCUUCUGUAUAGUGGUUGUGAAGCUAGCCCUCCUGCUCUCCGAUCUCAGUUGGAUGGUUCCUUUGUGCCAAGAAAUAACAUAGAAGAGGCUGUUCUUCUGCUUCUGAUUUUGCUGAGAAAAUAUAUUCUUGGAUACAUUGUAUGGGACCCUUCAUUGGUUGAUCACCUUUCUUUUGCUCUAAGUGUUUCAGGGGAAUUCAUGACUCUAGCUCAACAGGUUGAGGAAUUGCUUCCUGAAAACAUGGACAGAAAAGAAAGAUACUAUACUCUAGCUCUUUGUUACUGUGGAGAAAGUGAACAUAUGACUGCUUUAGAUCUUCUGAGGAACUCUUUGAAUCAUAGAGAGAACACAGAAUGUUUAAAGGAGUUACUUCUAGCUUCAAAAAUUUGUGCAGACAACAAGCUUUGCACUGAAGAAGGAAUCAAAUAUUCUGUCAAAGCCAUUUCUCAGUUGAAUGGAAUGUGUGUGCAGAUGGUAGCUAUUGCAAAUUGCUUGCUAGGUGUUCUACUGUCAUCAAAAUCCAGGUCAGCUGCUUCUGAAUCAGAGAAGGUUUUUUUGCAGUCUGAAGCACUCUGUGCUCUAAAAGAUGCUGAGAUAAUGAUGAGGGAAAGUGAUCCUUACAUUGUCCUUCAUCUUUGUCUAGAAUAUGCUGAACAGAGGAAGUUAAGCAUUGCUUUUGAUCAUGCAAAGAAACUGAUUAUGCUUGAGGCUGGAUCUAGCGUUGAUGGAUAUAUUCUACUUGCACGGAUCUUAUCUGCUCAACAAAAGUUUGAAGAUGCAGAGUUUGUUAUAGAUGCUGCUAUAGAUCAAAGUGGGAAAUGGGAACAAGGAGAAUUGUUGAGAACUAAGGCUAAACUGCGAAUUGCACAGGGAAAAUUAAAGAAUGCAGUGGAUACAUAUACUUUUCUUCUUGCUGUUCUUCAGGUCCAACAUAAAAGUUUAGGCACGGCAAGUAAGACUAAGGGAAACCGUGACAGAAGACUGGAAAUGGAAGUAUGGCAUGAUUUAGCCAAUGUGUACACGGCCUUAUCACAGUGGCAAGAUGCUGAAGUUUGUCUAGCAAAAUCUGAGGCUAUUAAUCCCUAUUCUGCUUCUAGAUGGCACACAAAGGGUUUACUUUUUGAAGCCAGAGGUCUUCAUCAAGAGGCUCUGAAAUCAUUUAGGAAAGCAUUAGAUAUUGAGCCCAACCAUGUGCCUAGUUUGAUAUCCACAGCCUGUGUGCUCAGACAACUUGGUGGCCAAUCAUCUUCAAUAGUUAGAAGCCUUCUCACUGAUGCAUUACGCCUUGACAGAACAAACCCAUCGGCUUGGUACAAUCUUGGACUGUUCUACAGAGCUGAUUUGGGGACAUCAGCAAUGGAAGCUGUUGAAUGUUUUGAAGCAGCAGCUUUUCUUGAAGAAUCUUCUCCCAUUGAACCCUUUAGAUAA